CAACAGCAGCUGAGGGGACCAGCCCUUUCCUCUCUUCGGCAACAUCUCCUAUGGCUCCGCAGCUGAGAACCUCGACUCUGGAGGUGACCGGAUCCACCCCGAUGAGGCUGCCUUCCACUGUGGAGACUGGCUUCACGUCUCUUGAAGGUCAAACCACGCCAAUCAUCAGCAAGGUUUCUCCCAUUAAGGCUGAACUGACCUCAGCAGAAGUGAGCAAAACAGUAUCCCCAGCAUCCGAGUCUCCCGUGGCCAGGUCUCUUUCCAUGCCGACUGUAUCCUCUCCGGCUCGGACCUUGCCGCCAUCGUCUCCCUCGGAGACCACCAUUGCAUCCCAUGGCAGGAGUUCUUCUAUUCAUGCAGAAUCCACCCCAGCUAAAGAAGGUACCACCUCUUCGCUCCAUUCGGCACGCUCAAGCACUGCAGUCCCAGAAACCAUGUCCUCCGCAGAGUCGGUAGCCUCUAUUGUCACCACGACCGCUGCUGUUGGCAUGACUGAGCUAACCUCUGCUGAGGAACAAACCAGUCUUUCCCACGCCCACUCUUCUGCCAUGCUGCCAAAAGGAACCUCACCACAGGAGAUAACAACUCAACACCCACCUUCUGGCUCUACAGCAAUGUUUUCCACAUUCCAUAUUUUUUCUGUUACAGAUAGUUUCUCUUCGAUUACUGAGAGUAGAAUUAAAGAAAUGACUGUUACAUCUGAAAAAUCAAUAAUGUUCCCAUCUUCUGUCACUGGAGCAGUACAUCCUGUCACAGUUAGUCAAGAAGGGGCUGAGUACCGAAAGACAAUCUCUCAAUCAUCUCUGCCAUCCCUGGUCUCUUUUCACACAGUGGAAACUACCAAUAUACUUGCACCAACGGGAACAGCAAAGGGAAAAAGUACAAAUGGAACACCCUCCACCACUACAAGCAAAGAGAAUAUGUCAACAACUAGUGUAUACACCAAAUCAGAAACAGCCACAUCUCCUACAGAGAGAAGAGUGCAGUCCACAUCUUUAAAAGCCAGCUCUACAAUGGCUAUUAUUAGUUCAGAAACCACCAUGUUAGAAACCACAACAAAAGCAACAGCCACUUUUCCCCCAAAGAGCAUAGGAUACUCCACAAGUUUUCCAGAGACCAUGAUGUCUCAAUCGAUCACAUCAAAACAACUUACGUCUCCUCCAGAGAGCAUUAUACCUUCAGGAAAGAGUAGCAUGAUGACUGCUUCUACUACAGAAACCACAAGUUCUGUUUCAGAGAGCACAGCAGUCUCCACAGAGAUGCCAGCUGCCACCUUGAAUGAAUCCACUACAUCACGAACUACCACAUCUGCCCCGAAGAGCACACAGACCUCCAUCUCUUCCACAGAAAGCUCCACAAUUAGUACUAGUAAAACAAAAACCACUACUCAACUUCCAACGACCAGGGAAUACUUAACUACUUCUCCACAAACCACCACAUUGGAAACCACAGUGGCAGCCACUUCUUCCCCACAGAGCACAGUGACCUCCAGCUCUACAAAGACUACUAGCUCUUCAGAAACCACUGCUCAACAUUCAAUCACCACAGCUACUUCUCCAGAAGCCACCACACCUGCAUCCAUCACAUCAGAAGCAGCCAGCUCUCCAAUGAGUACAGUGUCUUCUACGGCAUCAGCAAAGAGAAUAACAUCUUCUAUUUCCAAAACCACAACCCCAGCUCUAAAGAGCACAGUAUCCUCUUCAUCUUUUUCAGAGAGUAGCACGACGCCAUCCAGUUUGUCAAGGACCACCGCUUCUGCUUUAUCAAGUAGUGUGCCAUCUACCACUCCCACAACCAGUUCCAGAGUUCUUUCUACCCCCGAGCAAACAUACAUCUCUCCUUUGGAGAGAACACUACAUACAACAAUUUCAGAAAAGAGCAGCACAAUUACUUCUGCUAUUACUGAAAGUACAGGUUCCAUUUCGGAGAGGCCAGCAUAUUCCACACCUUUGCCAGGGACCACCAUGUCUGAAUUCAUCACAUCAGAAACAGCUUCCUCUGCACCAGAAAGCACUACAGCUGCUGGAACGAGUAGCAUGACAACUGCUCCCAGUACAGAAACCACAAGUUCUAUUCCAGAAAGCACAGCAGUCUCCACAGCAUUACCAGCAACCAAAUUGAAUGAAUCCACCACAUCACAAACUGCCACAUCUUCCCAAAAGAGCACACAGCCCCCCAGCUCCUUCCCUGAGAGCUCCACAAUUAGGACUAGUACAACAAAAACCACUACUCAACUUCCAAUGACUAGGGAAUACUUAACUACUUCUCCACAAACCACCACAGUGGAAACCAUAACAACAGCAACAGCCACUUCUCCCCCACAGAGCACAGUGACCUCCAGCUCUACAAAGACUACUAGCUCUUCAGAAACCACUGCUCAACAUUCAAUCAUCACAGCUACUUCUCCAGAAGCCACCACACCUGCAUCCAUCUCAUCAGAAGCAGCCAGCUCUCCAAUGAGUACAGUGUCUUCUACGGCAUCAGCAAAGAGAAUAACAUCUUCUAUUUCCAUAACCACAACCCCAGCUCUAAAGAGCACAGUAUCCUCUACAUCUUUUUCAGAGAGUAGCAUGACGCCAUCCAGUUUGGCAAGGACCACCACUUCUGCUUUAUCAAGUAGUGUGCCAUCUACCACUCCCACAACCAGUUCCGGACUUCUUUCUACCUCCGAGCAAACGUCCAUCUCUCCUCUGGAGAGAACACUACAUACAACAAUUUCAGAAAAGAGUAGCACAAUUACUUCUGCUAGUACUGAAAGUACAGGUUCCAUUUCGGAGAGGCCAGCAUAUUCCACACCUUUGCCAGGGACCAGCAUGUCUGAAUCCACCACAUCAGAAACAGCUACCUCUCCUCCAGAAAGCACUACAACUGCUGGAAAAAGUAGCAUGAUGACUGCUCCUACUACAGAAACCACAAGUUCUGUUUCAGAGAGCACAGCAGUCUCCACAGAGAUACCAGCUGCCACCUUGAAUGAAUCCACUACAUCACAAACUACCACAUCUGCCCCGAAGAGCACACAGACCUCCAUCUCUUCCACAGAGAGCUCCACAAUUAGUACUAGUACAACAAAAACCACUAUUCAACUUCCAACGACUAGGGAAUACUUAACUACUUCUCCACAAACCACCACAUUGGAAACCAUAACAACAGCAACAGCCACUUCUCCCCCACAGAGCACAGUGACCUCCAGCUCUAUAAAGACUACUAUCUCUUCAGAAACCACUGCUGAACAUUCAGUCAUCACAGCUACUUCUCCAGAAGCCACCACACCUGCAUCCAUCCCAUCAGAAUCAGCCAGCUCUCCAAUGAGUACAGUGUCUUCUACGGCAUCAGCAAAGAGAAUAACAUCUUCUAUUUCCAUAACCACAACCCCAGCUCUAAAGAGCACAGUAUCCUCUACAUCUUUUUCAGAGAGUAGCAUGACGCCAUCCAGUUUGGCAAGGACCACCGCUUCUGCUUUAUCAAGUAGUGUGCCAUCUACCACUCCCACAACCAGUUCCGGACUUCUUUCUACCUCCGAGCAAACGUCCAUCUCUCCUCUGGAGAGAACACUACAUACAACAAUUUCAGAAAAGAGUAGCACAAUUACUUCUGCUAGUACUGAAAGUACAGGUUCCAUUUUGGAGAGGCCAGCAUAUUCCACACCUUUGCCAGGGACCAGCAUGUCUGAAUCCACCACAUCAGAAACAGCUUCCUCUCCUCCAGAAAGCACUACAACUGCUGGAAAGAGUAGCAUGAUGACUGCUCCUACUACAGAAACCACAAGUUCUGUUUCAGAGAGCACAGCAGUCUCCACAGAGAUACCAGCUGCCACCUUGAAUGAAUCCACUACAUCACAAACUACCACAUCUGCCCCGAAGAGCACACAGACCUCCAUCUCUUCCACAGAGAGCUCCACAAUUAGUACUAGUACAACAAAAACCACUACUCAAGCCACCACACCUGCAUCCAUCCCAUCAGAAGCAGCCAGCUCUCCAAUGAGUACAGUGUCUUCUACGGCAUCAGCAAAGAGAAUAACAUCUUCUAUUUCCAUAACCACAACCCCAGCUCUAAAGAGCACAGUAUCCUCUACAUCUUUUUCAGAGAGUAGCAUGACGCCAUCCAGUUUGGCAAGGACCACCGCUUCUACUUUAUCAAGUAGUGUGCCAUCUACCACUCCCACAACCAGUUCCGGACUUCUUUCUACCCCCGAGCAAACGUCCAUCUCUCCUCUGGAGAGAACACUACAUACAACAAUUUCAGAAAAGAGUAGCACAAUUACUUUUGCUAGUACUGAAAGUACAGGUUCCAUUUUGGAGAGGCCAGCAUAUUCCACACCUUUGCCAGGGACCAGCAUGUCUGAAUCCACCACAUCAGAAACAGCUACCUCUCCUCCAGAAAGCACUACAACUGCUGGAAAGAGUAGCAUGAUGACUGCUCCUACUACAGAAACCACAAGUUCUGUUUCAGAGAGCACAGCAGUCUCCACAGAGAUACCAGCUGCCACCUUGAAUGAAUCCACCACAUCACAAAGUGCCACAUCUUCCCAAGAGAGCACACAGCCCCCCAGCUCCUUCCCUGAGAGCUCCACAAUUAGGACUGGUACAACAAAAACCACUACUCAACUUCCAAUGACUAGGGAAUACUUAACUACUUCUCCACAAACCACCACAUUGGAAACCAUAACAACAGCAACAGCCACUUCUCCCCCACAGAGCACAGUGACCUCCAGCUCUAUAAAGACUACUAGCUCUUCAGAAACCACUGCUGAACAUUCAAUCAUCACAGCUUCUUCUCCAGAAGCCACCACACCUGCAUCCAUCCCAUCAGAAGCAGCCAGCUCUCCAAUGAGUACAGUGUCUUCUACGGCAUCAGCAAAGAGAAUAACAUCUUCUAUUUCCAUAACCACAACCCCUGCUCUAAAGAGCACAGUAUCCUCUACAUCUUUUUCAGAGAGUAGCAUGACGCCAUCCAGUUUGGCAAGGACCACCGCUUCUGCUUUAUCAAGUAGUGUGCCAUCUACCACUCCCACAACCAGUUCUGGACUU